CGCGCGCGACGCUUACGCCUCGCGCGCGACGCGCACGCGCACGGGUUGGGUUAAACACGAUCUCCUCGAGCGUUCCUCGCGCAUCCGCGCGCGCGGCGACGCGCGCGGGUCGAGCAUCCACGCGAAAAAGCGCUUUUCGCGGGACGCGAAAGGUCACGACGCCCUCGCGCGAUGACGUCCGCGGGUGAGUACGAGAUUCGCAUCGCGGACGACGAUGAUGACGCUCGCGUCGUGGACGCGGGCGCGCGCGAGAAGCGCGGCGAGACGACGGCGUCGGAGCUGCGCGCGACGAGAGGGCGCGUCGGCGGGACGGCGGCGGUCGUCGGCGCGCGCGCGGAAAAGUUUUGGCGCGAGUUCGGUUGGCGAGAGGCGAGCGGCGCGCUUGGAGAUCUCGGGACUUUUUUACCGCUGCUCGUCGGGAUGUCGAUCGAGUGUGGCGUGGACGCGGGGACGACAAUCGUGUUCACGGGAUUGUACAACGUGCUCACGGCGUUUCUGUACGAGAUACCCAUGCCCGUGCAGCCGAUGAAGACGAUCGCGGCGGUGGCGUUGGGAGAGUCGCCGUUGAAUGUCAACGAAAUUAUGGUCGCCGGUUUGUUCGUGUCUUCCAUCGUGUUGGUGCUUGGAACGACGAGAUUGAUGGACACGUUUAAUAAAGUGACGCCGCUCGCGGUUGUGCAAGGCAUGCAAGUGGGACUUGGAUUGUUGCUCGCCAGGAAAGGGUUUUUACUCGCGGUGUACACGUCGAGCGAUGCUAGUGUGGUGCGAGGGAUGUUUGGCACGGAUGGCCUACUGGUCACCAUCGUGGCCAUGUGUGCGGUCAUGUAUGUGUGCUCGCCCGAGUAUCCGGCAAUUCGCGACGAGCGAGGCGAACUUGAGGCGGAUGGCGAACGUCGGAAACGCAUGCGUCACUACAUUCCCAUGGCGCUUAUUCUCGUUGUGCUCGGUAUCACCAUGGCCAUGACGAAAGAUGGCGCGCUGAGCGGAUUGAAGUUUGGACCAGCCACGCCAAAGAUUUUGAGCGCGUCGUGGUCCGAGGCAAAGCGCGGCAUCGUAAACGCCGGCGUCCCGCAACUUCCAUUGACGACGUUAAAUUCAGUGAUCUCCGUGUGUGCACUGAGCAAAGAAUUGUUUCCUGAUUUUCCCGCGUCGCCGAGCUCAGUGGCGACGAGCGUGGGGAUGAUGAAUAUCGUCGGGUGUUGGGUAGGCGCGAUGCCGUCGUGCCACGGCGCUGGCGGUUUAGCGGCUCAGUACGCUUUCGGUGCUCGCGGCGGAGGAUCGAUCGUGUUCCUCGGCUUGUGCAAGCUUGCCCUCGGUUUAUUAUUCGGGAGCUCAUUAACGAAGCUCUUGGAGCACUUUCCGAAGACUAUAUUAGGAGUCAUGUUAUUUUCGUCGAGUUUGGAGCUCAUUGGCAUGGGCUUGAAGACGAAACCCGGAUGGCAUCAGCACCAGAAGUAUCUCGUCAUGGUGACCGCUGCGGUGACGAUCGCGACUAAGAGUACGGCGAUUGGUUUCGCCGCGGGGAUCGGGACGCACAUAUUGAUGGAGGUGCAGCGUAGACUCGAAGUGGGACCGUCCGCCGAAGGCGGGCAGCGAUAG